GUGACGCGUGGCACAGCAACGAUGGAUUAAAGAAACACUACCGAUAAGGAAUGUGAAGAACUUUCAAUGUAGAUCAUGAAUGUCAUUGUGCAGGACCAAUUGUACAUGUGUCAAUUGCUUUCCACCAAGUCGUUUGGCUUUGAUCUCACACGUGGGAACCUGGCACCGGCGAUUCCUGCGCCAUGACUUCAGUGGACGAAAACACAAUCCCAUGCUACAACGUGAAAGGGGAGAGGCUCCACGACCUUCCACGGCAUGCAGAAAGCCAACGGGAGGCAUUGGUUGCAGCUGAGAUCAAGAAACCCGAGUGGCAAAUUGUUUUAGUGACCAACCAUCAUGAAAUUGCCAAACCAAACAGCAUCGUGCCUUUAGAGGCAACAUAUUUAUGUGCUUUGAUUAGCACGCAUCACGAACUCAGCAGGGCUGUUUCAGAGAAGGAUGUGCCUCGGGUCGAACAACUCUUGGAAGAGGGUCAUGACCCAAAUUGCCGCGACCCAACUGGGAAGCCUGUGUGGUUGCAGUGCGUGGACUUUGAAAUUGGUCAAUGUGUGAAGUCAUCACUGGAGGCUUGGGGGGCUAAGCCAGCCAACAACCGUACUGAGAAUGUUGAAAUCCUCAAGAAACUGCUGGAGGCCCGCGCUUCUCCAGAUGCCAAAGAUCUACAUGGCAGGACUUCGUUGCUUAAAGCAUCAGAGUGGAGCUGCUGGGAGCUUGCGCAGGUGUUGUUGGAUGCUAAGGCAUCUCCCAACAUCUCAGAUUCUCAGGGCAAGACACCUUUGCAAUUGGCUGCAGAGAAUGAACAUUCCUUGCUGGUGGCCUUGCUUUUGCAAGCUGGUGCCUCCUGAGACGAUUGAGAUUGAAGUCCGGCACUGCAGCUUUCUCAUGGAAGCUUUGCGCACCAAUGUGAUGAAGUGGUGGCGGAUAGAUGUGAGCAAGGCUUGGCCUGUAACGAAGUAGAUCUGUAUCCAAAUUGAGAUCCAAGGCGCUUUGAAGGUUUGCCAGCUUCUCUCCGAUGUACUAAACUACAUACAGCGUCAAAUUUCAGGGGGUCGUCAACCCACGAAUUUGUGUUGGUCUUGCAGCCAAUGAACCGUAGGCUUCGAACAGACUGACCAAACGCAUGAGUUUUGCCAAAAGAUCAUGUUGGUGUGCCCGGCACCUCCCAUUUUAUCAAGACCGCCAACCCUGCAAACUGGACAUGUAGAGCUGUGGUGCUAGGUUGAUUGAUAUUGCUACCGUGCUUUUUGACCACAAUCCAUCGGCGUCACGAGGCCAACCCUUAACCCGUGAAAGGAUGUAAGCUGAAUUGGCGUGAAGCGGCAUUUCCUCGGGCACUUUUACCAUUCGGACACCCGAGGAAGAAGCCAAGAAGCCAUUUAGGGAAACUCUAGUCCAGGUGAGAAUGUUUGAAGUAGUGACUGAGACUCAUUUUUAGACUAGUGCUCUGUUUUUUAGACUAAUGCAACAAUGCGCGAAGAAAAAAAUACGAAAUGAACAGACACUGAAGUAGUAGAGAAUAGCAGCAACGUUUGGAACAAGACCCUGGAAGUCGCAUUUCUGCUGCUUUUUCGCCGCUGCCCGUCGCCAGUCCACGCGACUGGUAUUCAGCUCGACAGUCCAACUUCGGGUCCAUUUUGGCGCAUCCUUUUGUGUAAAAACGAACUUCGGCAAAUUCUUCGGGAUUUGGUACUUGUUUUCUUCGGUUGAAUAGACUGAUUUUCUGUGCAGGCUAUGUGGGCUCACUGCUCUGCAAUGCUUUGUUUGGUUUCAUGAGGUUGAAUGGCUCUGGAGGUCCCUGCGCGGAUGAACGCUUGGAUCACCAUGAAGCUUCACCGUUGCACUGCACCGCAUGUUGCCUUCCUGUUCCUGGUUAUCCUGGUGCAUUGAUUCGCUGAGUGCUGUGCAGUGCAUUGCGCAAGUUUUGUUACUGAUCUGUACAGUAUCCCCUGAGCCGAAAUCCGACCUUGCAAGAAACCCG